UGGUGAAAUAAACUUGCGUGGGAUGAUGCGAUCACAUUAUGACAGCAGCGCGUGUGUGUGCUGUGAGAUAACAUGCAGAGCACAUGUUUGGACAGGAUACAGACAGAGCAGAAGACAGAAGUGAGUAGACAUGGAUCUGACAUGACGGAUCAAGGUCAGCUAAACCUGUGCGUUUGUGAGUUUUACACACACUGGGUCGGAUCAGUGCCCCAGUAGUGCAGCUGGAUGGGAUUUACAGGAAUCAGCUGAUCCGAACACAAAUAUAUUUUGACUGAACAACAUUGGCCUCCAAUUGACUUCCAGUGGAUUGACACAAACUGUCUCAAAAUAUCUUUUGCGCCCCACAGAAGAAAGAGUCAUAUGCAGAUUUUGAACGACAAGAGGGUGAAUGGAUGAUUACGCAGUUUUUAUUUUUAGAGUUUUGAGCUGCUAUAAGGGGCUUGUAGUUUGCGGUCCGACAGAAUGGAGGAUUUGUCUGUGGGCAGCAGGAAUGGAUCGGUCCCGCCUGUCCCACCCAGCAUGUCUAUAGAUAAACUCUUCCCGGCUCUGCUUGAAUGUUUCGGCAUCAUUCUGUGCGGAUAUGUGGCCGGUCGUACGAACAUCAUCUCGGCCACACAAGCCAAAGGACUGGGCAACUUCGUGUCUAAGUUUGCCCUGCCAGCUCUGCUGUUUAAGAACAUGGUGCUUCUGGACUUUGGAGACGUCAUCUGGCCGUUUUUCUUCAGUAUUCUGGUGGCGAAAGCGACCGUGUUCUUUUUUGUGUGUGCACUCACGCUGCUGGUGGCAAACAGAGAGAGGCGCUUCUCAAAGGCCGGCCUGUUCUCUAUAUUUGCCACACAGAGUAAUGACUUUGCUCUGGGAUUCCCCAUAGUUGAAGCUCUUUACCGAAACACUCAUCCCGAGUAUCUGCAGUACAUCUACCUGGUUGCUCCCGUCUCCCUCAUGAUCCUGAACCCGUUGGGCUUUGCCUUCUGUGAGGUUCAGAGAUGGAGGACGGGCGAACAUCAGCCGCAGCGCAAACUGAAGGUGCUGGGUCUGGUGGUUCUUCAGGUGGUCAGGAACCCCAUCGUCUUUAUGGUGGUGAUCGGGGUGAUUUCUCACUUUCUGUUGCGACAGAAGAUCCCAGCCUUCAUGGAGGAGUUCGUGGACGGUCUGGCGAACUCGUUCGGGGGGACAGCGUUGUUUUAUCUGGGUCUGUCUAUGGUUGGGCAGCUGAAGAAACUCACACGCUCUACAGUCGUGGCCCUUAUUCUGCUCAUCACUGCCAAACUGCUGGUGAUGCCUUUGAUGUGCAGAGAGAUGCUUGAGGUUCUGGACCGUGCAAACAGCAGCUCUCUGAAUCACAGCAGUCUGUCAAACUAUGCCUUUCUGUAUGGAGUCUUUCCUACGGCACCCAGCGUGGCCAUUUAUGCAUCCCACUACAACAUGGAGCUGGAGGUGGUGACCUCAGGGAUGGUGAUCAGCACGUUCCUCUCCGCGCCCAUCAUGUAUGUGUCCGCCUGGCUGCUGACCAUUCCCUGGAUGGACCCGACGGUGCUGGCCUUAGCGCUCCAGAACGUCAGCUUCAACAUCAGCAUCGUCAGUCUCUUCACGUUGGUGUGGAGCGUUGCAGUCAUGCUGUUGAGCCGCAAGUUUGGCAGAGUUCCCCACAUGUUCACUAUAAACUUGUUUGUGGCACAGUUAUUGGCGUGUGUGGGUAUGAUAUCAUGGAACUUUGUGGUGAAGGGCGAGAACUUCCUGGGUCGCGUCUUGAGCUUUACACUACUGUACUCUUCUCUCUACAGCACGUAUGUUUGGCCGGGUCUGAUCAGUCUGUCCAUGCUCCUCACGAGGGGAAGUGAGGAGGUGAAGGUCAGACCAGGACUGGCUCUCCUCGCUGGCUGGGGUCUGCCUGUGUUGGUCGUGAGCGUCGUUCUCCUAUCAGGAGAGAGAAUGCCAGACACCAUAGACUCUGCGUUCUUCUACGGGAAGACACAGGUCAUCUGCACGUCUGUGGUGUUGUGUGUGAGCAUCGCUGUGUGUGGCGUCUCUCUCGCUUUACUCAGCAGACAGACGCAGGAUCAUCAGACGCUGGAGCGCGGCUCGCGGUCUGACAGUGAAGAGGAUCUGAUCGCCGCCUGUGACACAAACGCACAGAACACUGUUGAGCAGCCCUCGACAGCAGGCAGCAUCAACGCCGACUGUCAGAUGUGUGAAUGCGAGUGUGCUCGAGUGCGGCCCAUGCCGGACAUGAUCACCAGCACUGGCACAAGAGAGCGUUCCUCUACAUCAUCAGGUCAGUGCGGUCAGAGAUGUGCAUCCGCUGGCUGUUUGCUGGUGGAAGAGGAACAGAAAGAAGCAGACAGACAGAACACAGACAUACAGACAACCAGACAUGUGCUGAUGUGUCUGUUACUCACUGUCAGUCUGCUCGCUAAUCUCUUCAGUUGUCUGUGGUGGCUCUUUAAUAAAGUUCCAGGUCGGCUUUAUCUAGAGCUGCAGUUCUUCUGUGUUGUGGCUAAUUAUGGUCAGGGUUUGAUGUCGUUUGCAUUUUUUGGCCUUGACAAGCACCUGAUAAUCUCUCCAUUCAAAAAGAGGUUAGUGAGCCUGUGGCAGAGCUGGAGUCCGGAGGUCACGGGCUCCGCCGCGUCUGAGGAGAUCAGACUGACCUGCAGUCAGUUCCUCACAUAUCACAGAGAACAGUGCAUCAAAGAUGUUGUCAACAAGAAGAGGUGUGGAGAGAGAAGCAGCACAGAGACGUGUCUGGGCAGCGAUCUGGUUCGCUGGCUGAAGAGCGUUGGAUUGGCCAGCGACAGCGGGGAGGCGGUUGCGUACGGCUCACGUCUUCUAGAGGGCGGAGUCAUUCAGCACAUCACCAAUGAGCACGGCUUUCAGGACGAAGCCUUGCACUACCGUUUCACGUAGCGGAGACGA